UAAUCCACUUGGUCAAAUCCUUAAAAGGAGACUCACAUACACGAACACACAUUGGACUAUUGGAUGUGAAUUAAUCAACGGACCAGGUUCAGUUCAGCUCAAAGCGAUACAUUGGAUGUGCUCUGUGAGGGCGUAUACAUAGCACUUAUAGGAGAAAUAUUGGCAAAGCGGUUUGGGAAACAGGCGACACUUUUGAGAAUGGAUUCCAUCUUGUCACUGGGUGCCCCCCUCAAGCAGUUCACCAGCACCUAUGUGACUGGAAAGAGCAGCUUGCCCCCAAAAGGGGCCAAGGGCCGCAGAAGCAGCUUCACGCGCCGGAGGAGCAUCAGCAGGCGGAGAAGUAUGCCUUGCACAGGCCAGGAAGUUCCACACUCACACUGGCUCAGAGUGUACCAGGCUGAACUGAAGAGAGAGAGGAAACGACAACAGGCCGUGCUCGCCAAGAAGAACGCGGAGCGGUCUGUCAGGAAAACCUACUUCAGGAGCCAUCACUGCCUGCCUAGGAAAACAACCACGACCAGAAAACCAGCAGCGAAAAAGGAGGAUUCUCUCUUUGGAGCCUUCCAGAGCCUCAGUCUGGAUGGUGUGAUUGGAGGUGUGACUACAUCUGCUGCAGCAGGGGGAGACCAGUGCAAAGUCAUGUGAACCACUGAAUGACCCCUUUACUGACAACAAGGAGCCAGAGGACAAAUAGUUCCACUUACAUGGCUUGUCAUUUAUUUAAACACAAAUGCCAAAAUAACCGCAGCAAGAUGACAUUAAAUGCAGCAUCGUGAAGUAGCUGCCAAUGUGGACAUAUACAGUGAUAGACACCACAAAAAAGAUUGGCUUCUUAAGACCAACUUUUAUUUUAUGUAUAUAAAAAAAAAUGUCACCAACCAUUUGGUUGUUUCCUAAGAUAUGGAAGCUGUACUAUUUACUUACAUGAGGCAGGUAUAAUCCAAGAAAGUGUGAAUGAGGUGGGGUGGGGGGAAAAAAAAAAAAAAAAAAAAAAAAAAGAUUGCAGGGGGUGUAAGGGGUACACGGUAUGGAAAACAUCAGGUUUUAAGUUAAUCAAGUCCCAUUUUUACAUCAUUCCCUCUGCUCCAUCUUUACUUUGGGGGGCUUGAGGAAGGACCGGUUCUUCUUCUCCUUGCUCUUGCCUUUAGCCUGGAACGUCCUCCAACUGUCCACACGGCCAUCUCUUGUUUCCUGUGGAGUGUUUUCACACGAUUACCAAAAUGCUUAAACAAAACAUGCACGAAACUACAUACUAUUAAACAGUAAAAUGAC